CGGUAAGACACGCCCUCUAUGCGGAAGCAAAGUGAAAGCCGAGAACGACGUUAACUUGGGUACACGAGAUUCAAAAUGGAGAAAUACAUGUCCACGCGCUAGUAUUCGAAUUGACGCCAUUGGGACCAAAAUUUUCAAGUUCCAUAGACUAAACACCGGGACAACAUACCUGUAACAGAGGACCAGACACAGGAAGUACGUGAAACUUCACCAUCAGGAAUCAAAACACAGAUUCAGGCUGAGGAAUUUCAGAACAGUUUGGAUCCACAGGAAGAGAAAGUAAAAGUAGAUCCCAAGCAGGAAGUUGGUCAGAAAGAGGAAGUUGAGUUCCAAAAGGAAGUUCCUCUUCUACAGACUAUACUAGAAAACACUGAACGCUUGUCAUUACAAGAACAGGAAGUGCAAACAACAGAAGAAGGGUUGGGAAUCAUGUCUGCUACAGAAUUACAAACGGCUGUCCAACGACUAGAGGCUGUUGCCAGCCGUCUAGAGACUUUGGCUCAGAAGUCUCCGGGGUCCGGUAAAUCCUCUUCUGGGGGAGAUGCAGGUAAUGUGUUGUAUCUUUGGAGGAUCAUCAUGAGUUUAAUGUUUGUUGGUAAGGAUUUAUUGUAGGUGUAUAGAAUUAUAAAUCCUCUGUCAUAAGUGUAAUCUGCUCUCAUAGAUUGGUACAUGAAUUUGGGGACAAGGCAAGAUUGAAGAUCAAACAACACAUUCUGUGAAUCCCUUUUGAGGAUUUACAUUUUUUGCUGAGAUGUAAUUUCGUUGAAAUAGUUGCUGUACAUUGAAACAUUAUUUCAUUUUAUUUUAUUCAGGUAUAAAAUAUCACAGAAUGUCAUGAUUGUAAAUUUAAAAUAACAAAUUGAAACCUGGCAUAAUCUAUAGCACUAUGCAGUUAUAACAGUUAAAGAAUAAGUGACUGUAUGAAUAACAUGACAAAUGAUGAUAUCUUAACCUAAGGAUAACCCUUAAAAGCUUAAAUUAGCUUAUUUCCAAUGGGGUCCUUAUAUUUAUACAAUAUAUGAUCAAAAGACAAAAAAAUAAACAUUACAUGACUAACAAUUGGAAUUUUGACAGCUUUUGAUUAAUAGUUGCAUAAUGCAUUGAUAUUAUAUAUUAUAUAAAUGUGUAUUUCAUUGUGGUUUGAAAUUGUAUGGUACCUCAUCCAUGAAAUUUACGAAAUUAAGACCCUGGGAACAAUUGAAAUUUAGUGGUCCCACGUACAUGGCGCAUGGUAUAUUUCACAAAAUAAUUAAGGAAACAUAUUUACCCUGUUCUGAACAACGGAAAUAAUGUAUCGUUUAAGUUCUGUAAAGACGUUAACAGCAUUUAUAUGUCAGGGCACAUGUUCGUUUUACCCCUCCAGUCUAAUGUGUGUUAGAUUUCCAUAUACCGUAUAUACUCGCCUAUAAGUCGAUUGUAUUUUUUAAGGUUAUUUUGUAGGAAUUUGCCAUUGACCCGCUUGUAAGUCGGUACACAUUUUUGUCAGAAUCGGUUGACAUUUCAAGUCAAUGCUCUAGUAUUUUUACCUAAGUUUAAAAAAAUAUUGUGAGAAAUUAAUAAUUAUGAGGUGCUCAAUAUCCAAGCCACAGUGUGCGAAAUUAACCAUGGACCGAUAGACAAUGUCUAUAGAAAAUCGAGUCGGUCUAUAACAAUCAAAAUAGCUAUAGACUGACUAGUCUAUAGGAAUUCUGAGUAAAUAACUGGUUCUCUGCUGCUUAUUUAACACAUAUAUAUGAGAAGCGGGACCAGUUUAUAUGUAGUACGCCAAUGUUUCUUUUCACCCCUCAGCUGUAAUAAAAUGUUUCCCAAUGUAAUUACAAAUCAUUCGAAUCAGAUUAUUCCAUUUUUAAAGGGGGGAGGGUCAAUUUAAUAUUUACUUCAAUGUACGCCAUUUUCGUGCAAAAUUGGAAUGUCCUUUUUUAAUGGUUUUAAAAAUAUGUCAAAAAUGCGAGCACUUGAAUCAAACGGAAAGCGGUCAGUACAAGUUCCAGCAAGGCUAAAGUCGCAGAAAAUUAUGAGAAAAUGAAACGUAGUAAAAGGGACUUAGAUGAAGAAUCAGAUAGUGAAACUGAGAUGGAACAAAAUGAAAAAGAAAACGAAAUUCUAAUUGAAAAGCUUGCCGUGCAUGUAAUUGAAAAAGAAUAUAGUUUUAUAAGUCGGACAUAGAGUUUUGGACCAAAAAUUAACUCCCAAAAAUCCGACUUAUAGGCGAGUAUAUACGGUAAAUCAGAAAAUAUUGUAACAAGAAGAGAGAAAUGUUUUAGCUCACGAACUUGAGCUGUAAGCUCAAGUGAGCUUUUCUGAUCAUCCGUUGUCUGUCCGUCCGUCCGUCCAUCUGUAAACUUUUCACAUUUUUUACUUCUUCUCCAGAACCGCUGAGCCAAUUUCAACCAAACUUGGCAAAAAUCAUCCUAGGGUGAAGGGCUUUCAAAUUUGUUCAAAUUAAGGGCCAUGCCCCCUUCAAAAGGGAGAUAAUCACAAAAAAUGCAAGAAAAGGAUGGGGUCAUUUAAAAAUCUUUUUCUCAAGAAUCACUGGGUCAGAAAUGUUUACAUGAAAUCUUCCUGACAGUGCAGAUUCCAGUUUGUUAUAACCAUGACCCCCCAGGGCUAGAUUGGGGCCACAAUAGGAAAUCAAAGUUUAACAUGCGAAUAGAUAGGGAAAAUCUUUUUUUAAAAAUUUCUCAAGAACCAAUGAGCCAGGAAAAAUUCUGUGUUGUUAAAAUCAUGACACCCGGGGGUAGGAUGGGGCCACAAUAGGGAUCAAAGUUUUACAUGCAAAUAUAUUGGGGGGGCCAAGGUGACUCAGGUGAGCUAUGUGGCCUAUGGGCCUUUUGUUAUUAAAUCAUAAAAUGAACAAAACUUGUGGAAAUAUUGGACUCACUCAUUGGCAUUAAGAAAGAAAAGUAAUUUUCCUUUUUGUGUUUGUACAAGGUUAAGAAAAUACAUAUUCUAUCCCUGACCAAGUGUUCAUAACAUAUAUUGAAGUUUUAGUUUUGUAAGGAGUAUCUGUGUAUAAAGUAAAUAUGCUCAUGACAUCAAAUAAUUUUUCACUUCCUGUUUGUAUACUAACACUUGUGUAGACACUUGAGGAUUGCAUCCUAUCUAAGGCAAGAUUAUAGGAGAGUCGUCUGUAAAUAGAAAAUUAGGGACAACAGAUCUCAUGUUUUAAUUUUGCAAGGAAGAGAUUAAUACUUAAAAACUUGUAUUUGAAUUGUUAGUUUUCAAGGUUUUAUAGCAGUGUGGAGAAAUAAGAAGUUUUUAGUAAAACUGGAUUUUAAUCAAGAGAAAAAUAAACAUGUAUAGAUCUACAAGAUGACUGCAGACCAAAUAGCCUAUGUAGUUACACCUAGUGUGAGUGCAUUUGAUGAAAUUAUCAACAGCAAUAUCAGCAAGUUUGUCGAACUUUGCAACAAAAUCGAUGGAGAUGUGAAGACAUUGGGAGGUCUAGUGCAGAAAGGUUUUGGGAACCUUAGACAGUACCUUUAUGUAGCAUCAAGGAGCAAAAAGCCUUCAGAACCUGUAAUGGAAAAAUUGUUUGAUCCAGUAAAGAAAGUCAUAGAAGAGACAAUGACAUUUAAAGAUAACAACCGCCCCAGUAAACAGUUCAAUCACUUGUCGGCCAUUGCUGAGUCAUUACCUGCCCUUUGCUGGGUCCGAGUGGCUCCUACGCCCGGUCCGUAUGUGAAGGACAUGCAGGAUGCUGGGAUGUUUUACACUAACCGUGUUCUCAAAGAAUUCAAGGACAAAGACCAGACACACGUUGACUGGGUGAAGAUCUGGAAUGACACUUUAAAUAAAACCAUUACCUAUAUCAAAGAUUUCCACACCACCGGACUUGUUUGGAAUCCUCAGGGAGGAGAAGCCAGUGACAUGAGUGCUUCCUCAGGAGGUGCCCCAGUCCCCCCACCACCAGGACCUCCCCCACCUCCUCCCCCACCUGCCUUCACUGCUCCACCCCCCAGCUCUGAACCCUCAGAUGAUGAUUCCAGGGCCGCUCUCAUGGCAGCAUUGAACAAAGGAACCGACAUUACUUCUGGUUUACGACACAUAUCUGAUGAUCAGAAGACACAUAAGAACCCAGCACUUCGCCGCACCAGUCAAGACGACAAUGGUCUGAAGAAAGUUACAGACGACAUGAAGACUCAUAAGAACCCCACCCUGCGUCAAGGUCCCAAACCAUUCAAGGCAUCAGCCCCUCAGACAGCCCCCAAACCCAGCAAGCCAGUGGUGCCCCCACCUGCCAAAAAGAAGCCUGCAGUGUUUGAACUUCAGGACAAGAGAUGGGCCAUUGAAUAUCAGGAAGGUAACAAAAACAUUGCAGUCACUGACUCCAACAUCAAACAGACCGUGUACGCCUUCAAGUGUACCAACUGUACCAUCAAGGUCAACAACAAGGUCAACUCCAUCACGCUCGAUGGCUGUAAGAAGACUGCUAUUGUAUUUGAUGAUGUUGUUUCAUCUCUAGAGUUCAUCAACUGCCAAAGUGUUCAAGGACAGGUGAUGGGUAAAGUCCCUACCAUCAGCAUUGACAAAACUGAUGGCUGCCUUGUCUAUCUGAGCAAAGACUCCCUGGAUGUAGAGAUAGUCACAGCCAAAUCCUCAGAAAUGAACAUACUGGUUCCUAAGGCUGAUGGAGACUUUACUGAGUUUGCCUUGCCAGAACAGUUCAAGACAACCUGGGAUGGCUCCAAGUUCAACACCGUACAGACAGAUAUAGCGUAAAGGAGCGGAAACUGUAGAGGGUGUUUCAUACCAUUCCAUGACCUCAUGGACCAUGCUUUAUAUAGUGCCCAUUAUUGACCCAGUCCUAGGCUGGGAAUUAGUAUUAAUGAUAAGAGUAGAUCAUACACAAUUUUAUACUUAAUUAUGUCAAUCUCUGGAAAUAAUUCAAGAUAACAGGUUAAAUGAUUGCACCAUUUACACACACAUAUAUAUAUAUUUAUGCAAUUGAUUGCUUGGAGACGAUGUAUGCAACAUCCAGCGUGGAUAUUGUUGUUUUUAUUUUUAUUUGUUGCAUAAUGAUGCAGACGACCGAAUGAUAUAUGAUUUUCAACAUGUAUGUUUAUGAUAAAUCUUUUUUUCUGGUUUUAGCGAUUCCUUUACAUUUUAACAUUAUUUAUCUUUUAUUUUUCAGUGCAUGUAAGAAUACAUUUUCUUUAAUGUAACUACUUUUAUGUAUCAGACUGAUGAAAGCAUAUUAUUCAAAAUGGAGUGGAUGUGUAAUAGGUGUUUGCCACGAAAUAAAUUAGAACAAAAAUGGUGCUAUGAAUUUAUAAAUUAUCAUAGUGUUUUGUCUCAGUGUUUUAUACAAAUGUAGUAUAACCUUUAAUAUCAGCCAGUGAAGUGUCUGCUUGUUACAUAUCUGGUCGUGAUGAACAAAGCAGUUCCAUGAACAUGUAAUUCCAGCAAAAAUAUAUCAAGUAAUUUCUUUUUUUCUCCUGAAUCGUAUGUAUCCUAUUCUCAUAUCACUAAUAAAUAUAUUGAAUACUGAA